AUGGCCGAUGCCCGGCGUUCUGGAGUCCCACCUGUUUGGUGUGUUAUUAUGCGAAAAAUGAACUGUUCCGAGAAUCCGACACCGGCCUACUAUUUAUCUGAAAUUCUUUCAAGUGAUAGCCUCGAAAUGGACCCGUCUGGACGUGGCUAUGUUUUGGUGAAUGAGAUCGAGGUUCCGAAGUGUAGGAGCUGCCAUGAGAAGUAUACGCUGACGAACAAAGACCUAUGGCCAUUCGUCCUCUUCUGUGGGCACACGCUGUGCCGCGGGUGUCUCUGGCGGGUGAUGGCCCCAAUUGGUGCCGAUGUGGAGGAGGAACGGGUGUUGUGCCCGGUAUGCGGCGAAGCGAGCGACUACAACGCCAUCGAGGGGUCACCAAAUUAUAGCGCGUGUUUGGAUCUGACGAACGGGCUAGAGGGGUUCCUCAAGGAGCUGGCAAAGCAAACGAUGUGGGAGGAGGAAAGCUUGAAAAUUUGCUCUUCGUACGCACCACCGGAGUUCUUUCGAUCGUCCCCACUCCCAUGGCUACCUCAACCACCUCUAACAUUGCCCAUAUCUUUUCCUACGCCUUCCCAUGAUGAAGCAAAAGUGCCGAAA